AUGGCUUCUAAGACCACCGCUACGACGCAGUGCGUCGGCCCCAACUACCGGAUCGGGAGCCAGAACCCCACGGCCACUGUUUCGACACCAGUCAACUUUGAGACCGUGACGGUGCUCCCACAGACGCCGCAGCUCAUUGCCCUGCUUUCCAUCAUCCGCGACAAGAACACUGACCGCGGCGACUUUAUCUUCUACUCAAACCGCAUUAUCCGGUUGCUGGUGGAGGAGGGCCUCAACCACCUGCCUACGGUCGAACGAGAGGUGACGACGCCCGUUGGCCGGCCGUACGCGGGUCUUCAGUUCCAGGGCAAGAUUUGCGGUGUGUCCAUCAUGCGUGCUGGUGAGGCCAUGGAGCAGGGUCUUCGCGACUGCUGCCGGUCGGUGCGCAUUGGCAAGAUCCUUAUUCAGCGGGACGAAGAGACGGCUCAACCCAAGCUAUUCUACGACAAGCUGCCCGAGGACAUUGCCAACCGUUGGGUGCUACUGCUGGACCCCAUGUUUGCAACGGGCGGAUCGGCCAUCAUGGCCGUGGAGGUGCUCAAAUCGCGAGGUGUGCCUGAGGAGCGGAUACUGUUCCUUAACCUGAUUGCCAGCCCCCAAGGCGUGUCCAAAUUUGCCAGCAAAUUCCCCAAGCUGCGUGUUGUCACGGCGUUCAUCGACGAGGGCCUCGACGAGAAGAAGUAUGAUGCGACCCUCUCGCUAUACAAGAGUUUGCGUUUGGUUAUUCUUGUCGUUCACACGCUGACAUAUCUUCACACAGCUAUAUCAUUCCUGGACUCGGCGACUUUGGCGAUCGUUACUACACGAUGUAAUAGUACAAGUAUCCGUACAAGCAAGCCCAAAGUAGGGACAGGUGAAAAAGAAAACAAAUAUCUCCAGGCCUUUCCUAAUAACGCCAACCAUCACCGCAUCCGUUUUUGA